AUGAGUAUAAAAUCUGCUAGCGAUGCUGCACAACAAUUUAUAAAGAGAUUAAAUCCAAAUACCAAUGCUACUUUGUCAGGUCUAGCUUUAGAAAUUCAUUCAUGUUCUAAAAAAUUAUUAGAAGAAUAUGGAUUUUCAGAGGCAGAUGAUUUGAAUUACUUAGGGUUUGAAAUUUUUAAUGAACAAAUCACAGUAGAUUUUGUAAAAUCAUCUAAAUCUGUAGAUUCUAUAUGCUAUACAUGUGACAAAGGUUUAAUUUCACGGGAUAGUUAUAGAAAUUUAGCAGCAAGUUUACCUUUUUUAGAACGUGAACAUACUGUGGCUGCACGAUGCAAAGAAAUUAAUGAAUUAAUAGAAAAACAAAUCCCAAUUAAAAGCUUUACUUAUAGUGAAAUUGAAAUUUUAGCUAUUUAUUCUAAUAUAAUUGAGAACAAUGAUGAAAUAUUUUUUAAUUAA